UGUUUGCACUAUAAGCAGCAUCAGUUAACGAACUCUUCUGUCUCGCAAAGCAUUAUAAUUCAGCUCAAAGCUGUACGAUAUUUUUUUUUUUAUAAAUUACGUAAUUUGUGUGUGUCCCUAAAUCUAUUAAAAAAAAAAAUUCCAAAAUGCGUGUCCUUGUGAUAUUAAGUACGAUUCUCGCCGUCGGUAUCGCCCGUCCUCAAUACAAUUACCAAAACUCAGGAAAUAUUAAUCUUGGAUUACCAGCACAAGGACCAAUUCUACCAUUACAAGGACCUAUUCUACCACCACAACAAUCUUCAUCAUCACAAGGAGGCAACAAAUAUUUACCCCCUGCUCAAGCUACACAAGAACCACUCAUCAGUAAACAAUUCUACCUGCAUUCAGCUCCAGAGGAUAACGAUGGUGCAGGAAAGACCAAACAUUUCGUACUUGGACGGCCACAGAAAAAUUACCGUGUAGUCUUUAUCAAGGCCCCAUCAUCUUCUAGCAAUAAUGUUCGUUUGUCUGCCGAAUAUGCCCCACAAGAAGAGAAGACUGUCAUCUAUGUUCUCAGUCAAAAGGAGAACGAAUUGGAUGUCAAUGAUAUUGCAACACCAGCACCAACACAGCCCAGCAAACCAGAAGUCUUCUUCAUCAAGUACAAGACUCCUGAAGAAGCUCAAGUUGCCCAAAGGGAAAUUCAAAAUCAAUAUGACAAACUUGGUGGAACCAGUGAAUUCUCUGACCAAGGAACAGCUCCAGUCAGUUCAGUUAUUGGUGCUUUGGAUGGUGUUGCUUCCAAUGGUGGUUAUGACUACAAUCAAGGUGGACAAAGAACACCCGAUGAUUCGUAUUUGCCUCCCAGUAGCCUCAAGCAUUAGAAAAAAUGUCAUUGUAGGGCAUUGUUCGUUUUUGUUAAAUUGUUAAAUCAUCAUUUUUUUUAGUAAACUCAUUGUUUCGUUUGUUAUUGUAUAAACAUGUAAUCCUAUAUGUAAAAUUAGAUAAUCAU